CAAAGCUGUCAACUUAAAAAUUGAAUAAAAAUUUUUAAAAUUUUCACAUAAAUAAAAGGAGCAGCAAAAUCGAAAUCGUUUUCAAAAAUAAUCGAAUUACUUAUCAUAAAUGGCGCAACAAAUUUGCAAAUUAAUCCCACGCCAACAACUCUGGAAAUCUAUAAAAGCCCCUCCUCUAACAAUAAGCAAACGAGCAACCAGUCAUGAUUAUACCAACACCAUGUGUGGUAAACGCGAAUAUGUUGGCUUUGGUGUUAAUGGUGCACCGAUUUAUGUUGAUCUCGUAGAUUUCCCCAUGCCGGCCAUACGUUUUCAAGAGCCCAGCCCCGAAAUUUGUGCGCUCCGCAAGAAAGAGGAAGAGGAUUGGAAGAAAUUGUCUAAAGAUGAGAUUAAGCGUUUGUAUCGUUAUAGUUUCUGUAAGACAUUUUCUGAAAUGAAAGCGCCCACUGGUGAAUGGAAAUUGCAUUUAGGUGUUGCACUAUGGGCCUGUACUAUUGGUCUGCUCUUUUGUUAUACUGUCAAUGUUUAUCAUCAAGAUUUACCCGAUACAUUUGCCGAAGAUCGUCGUCAAGCUCAGUUGAAGAGAAUUAUAGCUUUGGAGAUGAAUCCCAUAACCGGUUUGGCUUCAAAGUGGGAUUAUGAAAUUGGUGAUUGGAAGUAGUGAAGAUUUUGGAGAUUUUUAUGUGAAUGUUUUGUAGAAUUUUCUUUAUAAAUAUUUGUAAAUAAAUUUUAUUUGGGUUUUUUAAA